AUGCGACUUUUCAGAGAUCAGUAUAAGGUCUCGAGGUUUUUCUUCAUAACGGCCUUUCAUGGUGAAGAGCUCACAGAAUGGUCAAAUCGAGCAGCCCUUUUGAACCAGUGGAGAGCUGUCGCCGACAAAUACUCUGACCUGGAAGUGUCAAUUUAUGAAGACGACGCCAAGUUCUUGGAUCUGAUCGAGACGAUGGUGCCAAUCUCGAUGCAGUCAGCGCUCUUCACUUUUAUUUCAAUGUUCGCCGUCGCAGUCCUCUUCAUUUCUCAUCCGCCCACGCUUUUCGUCGCUACGCUCAGCAUUCUCAGCACCAGCAUAGUCUACCAUCCUUACUUCCAGGAGUGUUUCGGCAUCAUGUCAUUGUUGGGAGCUGACCUCGACCCUAUCAUGAUGUCGGCUACGGUAAUGAGUAUCGGUUUUUCUGUCGAUAUCCCAUCACACGUUAGCUACCAUUAUUAUCAAACAGGGAAGGAAACAAACUGUGUCAAAACCCGCUUGAAAAAGACUGUCACUGCUGUUGGAUUUCCUAUCAUGGAGGCUUCCCUGUCCACUACUCUUUGUGUACUCAGUCUCUUCUUUGUUCAGUUGCACAUGUCAAAGAUAUUUGCCCAGUGCAUGCUCCUCGUCGUGUUAAUCGGAAUGAUUCAUGGCCUCGUUGUCAUACCGGUGAUCUUCAAUUUAAUAGCAGCUCUGCCCUUCAGGUACUCAUAUCGUGUUUCUAGUCGCCGAUAA